AUGAACAGUGAUAAUAAUGGGACCAAAAAUGUGGAUUGGUCAAACAAUGGAACAACAAGUGGUAUAGCUACGCCGUUAUCGUCACCUACCAAGUUAGCACCUCAUCACAAUAUAUUCAUGGCAAAUUUACAGAGAUCACCUACGGGGAAACAUCAGGAGGUGUUUGGAGAUGGUAAUGGCACUUCGUUGUCGUCGUCCUCUAGAGUGAUCGAGUCCCUACAUGAACAAAUAGAGAUCUUAUCUAGUACCAAUUUACAAUUGACUAUGCAAUCUCAAGGUUUGUUGGCCAAAUUAGAAAACACACAAGAUAAAGAAUCGAAUCUGGUUGAAACCUUGUCGGGGCUUAAGAAUGAGAAUAAAACUUUGAAGAACCUACUGACAAGAGAAACAGAUCAUCUGAAAGAAUUAGAGAAUAAUUUAAUCCUAUUGAAUGAUUCUUGCAAUGCAUUGAAUAAAGAAAAUAGAUCAUUGAAACAUGAAUACAAGCAAAACAACGUGGGCGAGACAUCCUUAAACGAUGAACUACAAAUGAUAGAAUCUCAGUAUUCUAGUCUUAUAGAGUCUCAUGAUCUAAUGAAGCGUUACUAUGAUAAAAGCGUUCAAAAAUUGCGAGAUGAAUUAAAGACCCUAAAACUACAAAGUAAUAACACCCUAGAGUCGUAUCACGAGAAUGAAAACCAAUUAGUUGAACAAUUGUCCAAUUUCAAUGUGUCUGUAAAAGAAUAUGAGGAAUCAUAUCAGAAUAAUAAUGCCUCGAUAGAUAAAAUCUUCAGAGAAGCCCUACAAAAUAUGACAACUGACAAUGACAAGCCAUCUGAUCCAUCUAACUAUUCUACUUACAAGGAAGAAAUGAUCGAGUUGGGUAGCAAGAUGGGAAUAGCUACAGUAGAGAGGGAUUUGAAUGAUUUACAAACUGUUAAAAUGAGAAAGGUAAGGAACGUUUCUGGUAAUGGUAGUUCCAAUAGAACAAGUUUCUAUGGUUCCAUGGCGCUGGUGACUGACUCUAAAAACACAGACGUUCGCAGAAACAUAAGUCCUAUUGUAGGUCUACCUGGUGUGAAAAGGUCUACAUCAGUUCGCAGAAGCAAUAUCACAACUCCAUCGAAGAUGGAUCCAACAUCUUCAUCACCAUCGCCAUCUCCAAAUCCAAUGGGGAAUGGCGUUAAUUUCUGA